GAUUUUGGUUUGGACAAGAAUUUGUCAGAGAAACUGAUGGAGUUCGAGAGCUUAGAGCCUGGACUAAGGGGAGCGUUAGAAAAGAUAAACGGAAGCGACAGUAGAUUAGGCCAGGAUAUUGAUGGCACUCUGUCUUUGAAGUCAACAGCCAGAGAUGAUUCUCCAGGGGGCAAGAGUUCACCUUUAGACCUUGAUGCUGAGCAAAAGAAAAAAGCGGACGUGGUGGCCGUAACAGAUAAAAAGGUACCAGACCAGUUUCUGAAAGAAGAAGAGCUGCGUAUUUCAGCAAACAAUGAGAAGGCUCUUCGAGACCUAAAAGACAAACUGAACAGAGAACUUGAGGAUGCAAAGCUUGAACUUCUAGAGGAUAAAGUCAGGAGACUGAAAAAGCUGCAAGACGAUAUAAAAAAGGAGACAGAUGACGAAGAGAAGAGGCUGAGAACUCAAAAGAGAGAAGCUGUUAAUCAAUUACAAGCAGAGCUAGAGUCAGUUCACCAGCAAGAGAUGGACCAUCUGACAAAGACCCAGCAACUAGACUUAGAAAAGCUUCAGCAUGAACACAGGUCAGCCUGCUCUAAAGAGGAGGCUGUGCUACGGGAGCAGAUGGACAAGGCACUUCAAAAACUAAGGGACGAAGUUGGAUCAUUACAAAUGGAGGAGCAGGAGAAGUUGGAGGAAGAAAAGAAGAAAGCACUAGAGAGACUGUACAAGCAGCAAAUGGCAAAAUUAAAGGAAGAGCUGAGUAAGCUGCAAGAAGAGGAGAAGGACAAAGUGGAGAAGGAGAUGGAAGUGGCUAGAAAGAGGCAGAAAGCUGUUGAUGACUUAGACAGAGGGCUGGAUGAAGUUCUAAUUGAACGCAGACAGGCACUCAAGCAAGAGCACCAAGAGCAACUAAAUAAACUUCGCAAAGAGCACGAAGAGCAGUUACGAAAGUUACAAGAGGAAUCCAAAGAAAAGAUUCAAGCUGAAAAUCAAAGACUGCUCAGAGAGCUGGAGUCCGAAAAGUCUGAGCUGCAGCGAAAAUACAACAAGGAUGUGGAGGAAAUGAGGAAAAAUUUUCAGAUCAAGAAGGAGAGUUUGAAGGAUCAACUGGAUGAUGAGGAGGAGGAGAUGAGAGAAAAGAAAGCAGAGAUUGAAAGAAGAUCGGCCUUUGUGGAGCAGUCACUUAAAGCUAUAGAGGCUCAGGAAAAGAAACUUGAAGAGAGAAGGAAGAAGUUGGCUGCUGACAAGGAAAAACUGGAGCAAGACAGUGAUGAAGUGCUGGCUUCAAAGGUGUCAUCCCUGAAUGUUGCCGAAUUACAGAGAAUGCAAGAAGAAAAGAAGCAGUUACUACAAGAACUGAGAGAGGAACAAAGUCAGCUUGAAAAGGUCAGACAGGAACGGAAAGCUCUCGAAGGAGAUGUAAUAAGGCUCAAGAUGGCAAGAGAGCAGCACAGUAAAAAAUUAUCCGAGAUGAGAGAAAGAGUGGAGAAGAAGAUCACAGAAUUUGAAGGACUGCAGCAACGGUUUAUUCAGGAAGUUGAGAAGCAAAGCUCUGAAGCUUUAAGAGCAGAUCCCUCUAGAGUAAAUGCAUCUGCAGCACCAUCUUCUACUAUGCUUACUUUAGGUGAUCUUCAGAUCAAUGCCUUCUCCAGUCCUACUCACCUACCGGGAUUUGCAAGUGAUGAUGAUGAUGGUGGAGACAAUUAUUUGGCAGCCGUCCAGCAUGUGCCUUUAAAAAAAAAACCAACUGUGUCCUGGCAAGAUGUCCUAGCAGCUGAUGAUGAUUGGCUGGAACCUAGCAUCCCUGGUACAGAAAGAAGGGGCAUGAAGGAGCACCUGAAGAGUGAAGUUGAGACCAUUGCUAGAGCCAAGGCUUUUCUGCGCAAGCAAAGAAGGGCACUGAAACAGAGGCAGUCAACUCUGGCUGCUGCUAAAGAAGAAUUUCUGAAGGACAAGAGAAAACUGCAGCAAGGAAAUAUCUCAGACAGGGGCGCCAGACUUCUGGAUGAGGUCAGACAGUCCCUGGAGACAGAGAAGUACCAGAUUGAUGCUCUCCAGACACAGGUCAACUCUGGGUCAGUGCUGCUGAAGCAGAAGGAGGAAAAACUGCAGCAGCUGGAAGAUUUAGCCAAGGAGAGUGAAAAUGAAAGGGAUUCAGAAUACUCCCCCUUUGGUCGGCCAUGGCAGAGAGUGAAGAUUCCCAAUCUUGACCUUAGUGAUGAUGAAAGUAGCGGUGUGAGCAGUUCAAGUGCUAGUCUGGACAAUUUCCUUUUAGGUCGCAACAGUCAUUUGCCAGCUCCAUCUUAUCCUGUAUCUGGUACUGGCAUUGGUACUGAAGACCUUUCCAGUGCCCUUCACAAAAUCAACUCUGAACUCUCUCGUGUUCUUAACUUGAUAGACAAGGAAGAAAAUAUCACCAAUAGGAACUCUCAUGCUUCACCAUCUCAUCAUCAUUACAUGGGUCUUCCAGUGGGGGUUCAGUGGACCCCACACCCACCUCAGGGACCACCACCUAAAGAUUAUUCCUCAUUGAUCUACACAGCCGAACAGUCACUGGAGCGGAAGUGGAGGAAAUAUUUUGGAGACCGAAGGCCUGCCUUUACAGCCGGACCAUCAUAUCUCACGUCUGCUCAUGGUUACGGACAUGUUCUGACUUCUAGAGAUAGCCAUCACAGAAUCAGCAUUGCAGAACCCCGUCCAUUUGUAGCAUCCAUACAGUCACAGCUUGCAGAGCAGAAAGAAUGGCUGAAUCAGCGACACCAGAGAACUGAACAUUUAGUCUCUCCUCAUUUCUCGGCUCAGAGAUGGGAGUCUAGCUCUGUCCACAGCACAGGGCGACAUUCAACAGCGUCUCCUAGACCUGAGCCCAGUAUCAGACUUGAACUCGACAGUAACAACGAAAUACGUGUGCGGCAUUUGUGA